GGGCGUCGUGUGACGUCUUGUUGGUGUUGUUGCGGGAGAAGAAGAUGGCGGCUCGCUGGAGUAGUGAGACUGUGGUCGUGGAAUUGCGAGACGCGCAGGCCACUGCUAUGUCCGUGGACUGCCUGGGUCGACAUGCUGUCCUGUCUGGACGGAGGUUUCUGUAUGUGGUGAACCUGGAGACUCCGUCUGAAGCUCCCAGGAAGAUUGGCAGACCGAGCAAAUGGGACGUGGGGACGGUUCAGUGGAAUCCUCACAAGGCGGAGUCCCACGUCUUCGCUGCCUCAUGAAGUAACCAGCGUGUAGACCUGUACACGUGGCGUGAUGGCGGUGGGGAGGGACCGCACGCGUCCCUGCAGGGACACACACGAGUCAUCAGUGACUUGGACUGGUCCUGUUUUGAACCGGAGUAUCUAGUCACCAGCUCUGUAGACACCUACAUCUGUAUCUGGGACACCAGAGACACAAGGAAACCAACAGUGGCGUUAUCUGCAGUGGCGGGGGCGUCCCAGGUCAAGUGGAACAAACGUAAUCAGUACCUUCUAGCCUCCAGUCAUGAUGGAGAUGUUCGCAUCUGGGACAAGAGGGUCAGUACUAUAUUAUAACAUUACGUGGCAGCUCACCUGUCUAAGAUCCAUGGUCUGGACUGGCACCCUGACAACGAAUACAUCCUGGCAACGUCCAGUCAGGACAACUCAGUCCGGUUCUGGGACUACAGACAGCCGAGGAAGUAUCUGAACAUCCUGUCCUGUCAGGUUCCAGUGUGGAAGGCCAGAUAUACUCCUUUCUCCAAUGGCCUGGUUACAGUGAUGGUUCCCCAGCUGAGACGUGAGAACAGCUUGUUGCUAUGGAGCGCUCUGGACCUCGCCAGCCCCGUUCACGCCUUCGUGGGACACGAUGACGUGGUGCUGGAGUUCCAGUGGCGUCCGCAGAAAGAGGCUUCUAAGGACUACCAGAUGGUGACUUUGUCCAGAGACCAGACUCUGAGAAUAUGGAGGCUGGAUCCUCAGCUACAGAAGCUGUGUGCCAACGACCUGGUGGAGGAUGUGAUAGAGGGAAUCAGCCUUACUACCGAUUCAGAGAAGAGCCUUCCCUCUCAGGACCCUGAACCCAGCGUACACAGCUCUGGCCUGCCAGCUGAAAACCUGCAGGACCAGGCUGGUGCUCUGACCUCUGGUGGUAGACACGACCCCACUGCUCUGCCCCAGACACUGCAACAGGAGUUCUCUCUGGUCAACCUGCAGAUCAGGAACGUCAACGUGGAGAUGGAUGCGGUGAACCGUAGCUGCGUGGUGUCCGCCGUGUUCGGGACCAACCAGGUUCACCUGGUGGGGAAGUUCCCCUCCCACUACCCCAACAACGCUGCUCCUUCCUUCCAGUUCAUCUCCCCUACCACCAUCCCCACCGCCAUGAGGACCAAGAUACAGAAGGUCCUGACUGACACGUCACUGCAGAAGGUCAAGAGGAAUCAGAACUGUCUGGAGCCCUGCGUUAGACAGCUGGUGUCCUGUCUAGAGUCGUACAUGGUGAGACACAUUUUAAAUACUUUUUUAAAAAAUCCGCAAAUCGCAUUACAUCAAGAAGGAUUCAAACAUUUCAAAGGUCUUGGACACUCGUGGACAAUGUUCCCUCUAAGCUGCUCUCUGCCGUGCAUCUCCUGCACAGAGAUGCAAGAGAUGGAACUUCACUGA